AACCUCUAAAGUGUAAUUCUUGUCAUCGAAAACUUUCAUUUUAGAGCGAGAGUCAUGAAUACAAACUACCAUGAUGAUAAUGGAGAUGAAGUGGAUUCCAUGCUCUGCAUUCCAUUUUCGAGAUUGAUAAAAUCCGGAUUCAUUAUCACCAAAUGCUCAGAUAAUACUGUACUGUUUGUGAAUGUUGGAGGUGAGGCUGUAAAGGAAGAAGGAAACUGUGCAAUCAGUGUUGUAGCUGACAGGUUCUUUGAUGGAGGUGAUGUCUUAAGAACAGAUGAAAGGAUAAUUGAUGCUGGAGAUAUGCCAGCGAUUUACCAAUCAGCUCGGUUUGGAAACUUCUCGUAUCGAUUCAGCAAUUUGUCUCCAGGAGAAUACUUCGUUGAUCUUCAAUUUGCUGAAAUUGUGAACAUCAAUGGUCCCAAGGGGAUGAGGGUUUUUGAUGUUUUCAUUCAAGAAGAAAAGGUAGUGUCUGCACUUGAUAUAUACUCCAUAGUUGGAGCCAACAAGCCUCUGCAAGUGGUGGACAUUAGAGUUUCUGUGGGGCUGGAUGGGGUAGUUGUUAUAAGGUUUCAAGGAGUUUGCGGAAGCCCAGUGGUUAAUGGGAUUUGUAUCAAGCAAGCAUCACGAGUACCCGCAGACCAGGAGGAACAUGAGUAUGUCAUUUGCAGCAAUUGUGAUACUGAAAUAGAGAUUUCAUCAUGUCAGAAGCAGAACAUAAGGAUAAAAUCUACGGCCAAGUUAGAAAGGAAGAUAGAAGAGCUGAAGAACCUGUGCCAACUCAAAUCAGAAGAAUGCUACCAGGCUUGGAUGUCACUGACAGCUGCAAAUGAGCAACUAGAGAAGGUCAGGAUGGAACUUGACAAUAAGUACUUCCAAAACUUGCGUUUAGAUCAAGCGAUGGGAAAACAAGCUGCAAAGUUGAAGGAUAUUUCUAGUCGAUAUGAAUAUGAUAAGAAACACUGGUUAGCUUCCAUCAGGGAAUUGGAGAGAAAAGUGGAGACCAUGAAGCAAGAGCAUUCUCAGCUCUCUUCUGAAGCUCAUAAUUGUGCCGAUUCAAUUCCUGAAUUAAACAAAAUGAUCUUUGGAGUUCAAGCAUUGGUUGCUCAGUGUGAAGAUCUAAAACUGAAGUUCAGUGAGGAGCAGGCAAAAAGGAAGAAGCUGUAUAACCAAAUGCAGGAGGCAAAAGGGAACAUUAGGGUGUUUUGUAGGUGCCGUCCAUUAAGUAAGGAAGAAACUUCAGCUGGGUAUGCAACGGUUGUAGAUUUUAGUGCAGCCAAGGAUGGAGAUCUAGGGAUACUUACAGGUGGAUCCGCAAAGAAAAUAUUUAAAUUUGAUCGAGUUUACACACCUAAGGAUAAUCAAGCUGAUGUUUUUGAGGAUGCUUCCCCCAUGGUAGUUUCUGUGUUAGAUGGCUACAAUGUCUGUAUAUUUGCAUAUGGGCAGACGGGGACAGGGAAAACGUUUACCAUGGAGGGUACAGAACAGAGCAGAGGAGUCAAUUAUCGGACUUUAGAGCAGUUGUUUAAAGUUGUUGAGGAAAGGAAAGAAACUUUUACUUACAAUAUAUCUGUCAGUGUGCUUGAAGUCUACAAUGAACAAAUUAGAGACUUGCUUGCCACAGCACCAGCAUCAAAAAGGCUGGAGAUAAGGCAAGCUUCUGAGGGGUUUCAUCAUGUGCCAGGGAUAGUAGAAGCCAAAGUUGAAAAUAUUAAGGAGGUAUGGGAUGUUCUACUGGCUGGAAGCAAUGCAAGGGCUGUAGGGUCAAACAAUGUGAAUGAGCAUAGUAGCCGAUCUCAUUGCAUGCUUUGCAUAUUGGUAAGAGCUAAGAAUUUGAUAAAUGGUGAGUGCACCAAGAGCAAGCUUUGGCUUGUGGAUUUGGCAGGUAGUGAGAGGCUAGCAAAAACUGAGGUACAAGGGGAGAGGUUGAAAGAAGCCCAAAACAUCAACAGAUCACUUUCAGCUCUGGGAGAUGUGAUUUCAGCUUUGGCAACCAAAAGCAACCACAUCCCAUAUAGGAAUUCCAAGAUCACCCAUCUACUUCAAGAUUCCAUAGGAGGGGAUUCCAAAACCCUAAUGUUUGUACAAGUCAGCCCUUCAGAGCAGGACUUAGGUGAGACCCUUAGUUCAUUAAACUUUGCAAGUCGAGUUCGUGGCAUCGAGUUAGCUCCUGCAAAGAAGCAAGUUGAUGCAAAUGAGCACCAAAAGUUCAGAUUGAUGGUUGAUAAACUGAAGCAAGAAUUGAGGUCCAAAGAUGAUGCUCUACGAAAGUUAGAAGAGAAUCUUCACACUGCAGAAGCCAAAGCCAAGGACAAGGAUCAGCUUUGCAGAAACCAACAGGAAAAGCUUAGUGAAGUUGAAGUCCAGCUUGCAUCAAAGACAGAGUUAAGUAGACAGCUUGAGAAACAGGUUUUGCGACUUUCCAGAGGAAUGAAAGAGAAGGAUGAAAUUUGCUCAAAAUUUCAGCUGAAGGUCCAAGAGCCGGAGAACAAGCUGAAGGAUCGUGAACACACAGCAUCAAUGACUCUCCAACACAAGGAACAAUCUACAUAUUCUUCUGAGAAGUUACAGGUCACACCCAAUAUGGUGUCAGUAUUGAAAGCAGAAAAGGAUUCUCCAAAUAUAAGAAGCUUGAGCUCAACUACUAGGACGAUUAAUGUGGAGUCUGAGUUGCUGAAAGGAACUGAUUCCCUCCGGGAGUUAAGGAGAAAAAAACAGAUACAGAGCAAAGGAAGCGAAAACAGUUUCAACAGUUUCCUAUUAUCAGCCCCUCUGGUUGACAAGAGGGUACCCUCAGCUGAAUCAAAUAAAGCAAGGCAGAUAGACCCCUCCAAAGCAUUUUCAAGAAUCACAAGGAGCGGUACUAAAUCAGUCACCACUGGUCAAAGGGCUUUCUCCGACAACAAUUUCAACAGAGAUCAGGUUAGAGGGGGGAAAGAGAGCAGCAGCAGGCUGAAGAUGUGGUUAAGAUAGUUCAAAGACAGCAGUUUUAGCAACAUUUUAGGCUCCUGGUCUCCCCUCUCCCAAUUGUAGAAUCAAUUUGAAUGCAUUCUUUCUUCCCCUCUCCCAGAUAUUGUAGAAUCAAUUUAAAUGUACUUGUUUUUUAUGAAAUUUGAAUGACCAGCAUUAUGCUGUCACGGUUCAAUUUAU